AUGGAACAACCGGAACUUUUAAUUGUUCUCACUGGAUUCGGUCCAUUCCAGUCUUGUACAGAUAAUCCUAGUGAAGCUUUAGUGCGAAAAAUUGCUAAAGAAGGUAUCAGUGAUGUUUUACCGAAUGCGAGGGUCAUAGGUGAAGUGAUAUCAGUAGCAUAUGAUGACGUGGACAAUGCCAUCUCUGAACUAUGGCAGAAACAUCGUCCUGAUUUUGUCAUACAUUUGGGAUAUCAUGCAGAAGAUCGCUGUAUUAAAAUCGAAAAAAAAAGUUGUGGGAUUGGCUAUGUUCUCUGUGAUGUCAAAGAGAAAACACCGCAGAACUAUAGAUGUCCACUGGCUGGUUGCUCUAACAGAGAGGAAGAAAAUACAAUAUUUUGUGGAUUAGACUGCCAGAAAUUACUGAGAGCAGUUCAAACUAUAUUUGUCGGGAAGAAUGUACAGUUUGAGUUAUCCUGUGACCCUGGAAGGUAUCUUUGCGCCUAUUCUUACUACAUUUCACUUCGACAUAACAAAGAUUGCUGUCUUUUUGUACACAUUCCAAGUUUUGAUGAUGUUUGCACUGUGGAUCUCGUUGCAAGUGUCAUAAAACAAAUCAUUGUACUAUCUAUGCAACAAAUUUUGGAAAAACGGGAAAAACAAAACUUUGCGCUAGAAACUGGUGACAAAUGCAGUUUAUUUGGGAUCUAG